AUGGACUCUUCGGGGGACCCUGCCUACCGCCUGCUGAACGACUAUUCCAACGGCUUCAUGGUCUCCCAGGUCCUCUUCACUGCCUGCGAGCUGGGUGUGUUUGACCUCCUGGCCGAGGCCCGGGAGCCCCUGGGCUCAGAGGUGGUUGCUGCACAUCUGGGCACCAGCCCCCAUGGAGCGGAUCUUCUCCUGGACGCCUGUGCAUCCCUGGAGCUGCUGACCGUGGACACAAGGGGAGAAACAGCUUUCUAUCAGAACACGGAGCUCUCCAGAACCUUCCUCACCAGGGCCAGCCCCAAGUCCCAGCACAACAUGCUGCUCUACCUGUCCAGGACGACCUACCUGUGCUGGGGCCACUUGGCCGCCGCCGUGAGAGAGGGGAAGAACCAGUAUGCCAAGGCGUUCGGUGUUCCCUCUGACGAGGUCUUCACGGCCAUCUACAGGUCUGAGGACAAGCGGCUGCAGUUCAUGUGAGGCCUGCAGGAGGUCUGGAGUGUCCAUGGGAGAGCCGUGAUGGCUGCCUUUGACUUGUCACUCUUCCUGUUCAUCUGUGACCUUGGAGGCGGUUCUGGGGCGCUGGCCAGGGAGUGCGCCUCCCUGUACCCUGAAUGCAGGGUCAUCGUGUUUGACGAGCCGGAGGUGGUGCGGAUGGCCAGGAGGCACUUCUCGUUCCCAGGGGAGGAGCAGGUCAGCUUCCAAGGAGGAGAUUUCUUUAAAGACCUCCUUCCAGAGGCGGAUUUGUACAUCCUGGCGAGGAUCCUGCAUGACUGGACCGAUGAGAAGUGCUCACACCUGCUGGCGCGGAUCCACCACACCUGCAAGCCAGGCGGUGGCAUCCUGGUGGUGGAAAGCCUCCUGGACGAGGACAGGCGGGGGCCCCUGACUACCCAGCUCUAUUCUCUGAACAUGCUCGUGCAGACAGAGGGCCGGGAGAGGACCCCAGCCAAGUACCACACCCUUGUCUCCUUGGCUGGCUUCCAGGACUUCCAGCUCAAGAAAACGGGGAAAAUCUAUGAUGUUAUUUUAGCUAGGAAGUGA